AGUUUUCCGUGUACGGUUAGCUGGGAAAAGUCGUUCUCACCAUACUGGCAUGCGCAUUGGAUAGUCUGCAUCAGCCCUCAACUUCACGAGCAAGUGGACCACCUUCUCCGUUCCUGUCGCCUCUAACCUCGCAAAACCCUACUCCCGUCUGGCGUACUAGUCUCUAACUAUGCAAGUCGUUCUAUCAACGGAGCAGACCAUCCUCGCGACUGCCGUUGUCUCUAUGUUGUGCGCGUUGCUUUAUCUGAUGCGCCCACCGAAAGGCCUUCCUCCGGGCAUUACUGGGCCUAGGUGUUUAUCAGAACUUCCCAAAGAAAAAGCAUGGCUGAAGGUGCAGGAAUGGAACCGCCAGUAUGGUGAUAUUGCUUCUGGGUAUUUUCUCGGGUCCACAGCCAUCAUCGUUGGCUCUGCGAAGAUUGCUGCGGAACUCCUUGAAAAGCGCAGCGUGAACUAUUCUGAUCGUCCGCAGUCGGUUAUGGCCGGUGAGCUAUCGGGGUGGGGAAAGAUCAUGUUACUUUCCCGAUACAAUGACUGGUUCCGCACUCAUCGAAAGUGGAUCGCGCAAGAGAUAGGGAGCUAUGAUCUGGUCAAGAAGUUUAACGGAUUGAUUGAGUUCGAGACCCGUAGAUUUCUUCAGUGCGUACUUGAUGACCCGGAACAACUGCAGGCCCACGUUCGCAAGAAUUUCACGUCCAUCAUACUCCGCAUUACUUAUGGAUAUAAAACUAUAGAAGGAGACGACCCUCUGGUAGACUUGGCUCACUUAGCAAACUCACAACUUUCCCUGAGCACAGCACCGGGUGUUUACUACGUGGACUUGGUGCAUUCGUUGAAGUACCUACCCUCAUGGCUUCCAGGGGCAGGCUUCAAACGAAAAGCCAAAGAAUAUGCCGUUGUCAUCCGUGAUUUGGUUGAAAUUCCUCACAAUUGGUUGAAAAACCAACUGACGGCCGGUACUACUUUGCCGUCAUUUGCUGCCCGCCUAUUGAGCACGCCUGAUCUGACAGAGGAGUUUGAAGAUAGUGUAAAGUGGGCAUCAGCAACCUUGUAUCAGGGUGGUGCGGACACCGCGAACUCUGUUGCCUAUGGCUUCUAUCUUGCGAUGACCCUUUAUCCAUGUGUCAUGAAGAAAGCACAGGCCGAACUCGACGCCGUUGUCGGGACCAAAAGGUUGCCGACGUUUUCCGACCGUCCUAAUCUGCCUUACUUGGAAGCGUUGCUCACGGAGCUUCUUCGAUGGCAUUGUCCUGCUCCCUUGACGAUAAGAUACACCGGGAGUGACGACACAUACGAGGGAUAUUUCAUCCCAGGGGGUUCUUACGUCGUUGUCAAUAUUUGGGCGAUGCUUCGCGAUGAACGCACCUAUACGGAUCCCUUGGAGUUCAAGCCUGAGCGGUUUCUAGGCGAUAAUCCGGAGCAGGAUCCAAGAAAUGCCUGUUUUGGCUUCGGUCGAAGGCGAUGCCCAGGUUAUUUCCUCGGAAGUUCCUCUGUUUGGCUUAUGUGCGCUCAAGCUCUCGCCGUAUUCGACAUCUCCAAGCGCUUCGAGAAUGGAGUCGAGAUUACCCCUGAGGUGAAUUUGGUGGGGGAAACUAUUUGUCACCAAGCACCGUUCAAGUGUUCCAUUAAGCCUCGUUCUGCGGGGGCCUUGGCUCUCCUCCGAGAGGACUUUUUUAUUCCUCGAUCAUGAGAUAGGUGCAAAUUCACACAAUUGACCCACUACCUUGGACCACUACUUCCAUACAACUCCCUGAUCCAAGAAUCGUACGAGCGGCGUGCGAAGCCGCCAAUUUUGGGGGACGUUUCAUAUUCAAGGGAGGAUGUUAUCGGGCUGCAUUGCUUAGUAAUCAAGCCGUUUCCC